AUGGAGCCUCGCGAAUAUUUGCUCCUAGUAUUUCGAAUACAUCAGCGAAACACACUAGUUACUCGAAUAUGUCCGUGGGCUCCGUCAGCAUCAAAUACGCUUGAAAAUCAAUCGAGAGACGGUGCAAACUCCGUGAGUGGUCGAACAAUAAGAAUUAGAAAUUCUAAUCAGUUAAUGAAAAGUGUAUGCCAGUCAACUGCCAAUUUGAAUAGUGCGAAUAGUCAAGUUGAGCGACAAAGCUAUGUAGGUUCUGCCUCUACUAUAUCGUCUUUCAAUGAUUCUCUUGCUGUCGGAUAUGGUUUCAUUGAGAACAAUAAUUUAUCUAAGGACGUUACUGAUAAUUAUUUUGGUGCCAGUUCGUACAUCGAGCCUGGGCCUAUGUUCACACCAUAUAUAUCAUUAAUUGUUGUCAAUGAAGACGAGCAUCGAAGAGACAAAUUUCCAGAUUGUGCUCAAAGCACAAAAUUUAUAUCGGUGCCUCCAGAUUCUGAAUCAAUUACUUGUCAGUCUCAAUUUACGAAUAGCGCCCCAUGUUUCAUCGAAGAUACUCGAGAUACAAUGAAUCGAAUCUUAGCUGAGGCAAAUCUAAGCCAACUUCGAUCUCAAACAAGAAUGGCGCUACAGCGUCAAUCAAAAAGUGGUAUCCGCCGCUUGCUUUCCAAGCUGAGUCGAGGAGCACAUAGUUUGCAAGAAAAGUUAGCUGAAACACCCGCGCCAGGUCAAGGCAAGGAAUUGCUCCUUUUGACUGGACUCGAAAUAGAUGUCAAGAAAAAUCAAAUGAUUAAUUCACCCAUCAAUAACGAAGUAGUUCAAAAUGUGAAAGAGAUUUAUGAUAUGUACGUCGAGCAAAGAAUGCCUUUUGCGGAUCAAGUUUGGCUUCUCACUACUACCCAGGUUAUGGUGCUACGAAGACGUGAUGGCAAAAUUUGGAUGCUCCCAACAUGCAAUCAAAACUGCUCAUCAAAUGCAUGA